GCUUCGUCUACAUUCGACUUAUUCUGCGCACAGUAGGAAACUAGAAUGGUUUCUGUUGUUUCAAGGAAAGGAAGCUCACUGGUGGGUUUCUCUCACGUGCUCUACCGCUCUUUCCUCGUCAUAAUAUUCUGUUUGGCUGCAGCUACUGCAGAAUUCGGGAGCGUUUGUGUACGUUGCCCGCGCGUGCUGGUGACGGGCGCGGCGGGUUUCAUUGGUUUUCACGUCAGUCGCACGUUAGCAGCACGUCAACAAGUGACGGUUGUCGGAAUCGACAACUUCAACGACUACUACGACGUUGGGUUGAAACGAGAGCGUGCGUACGAGUUGAGCAAAGACGGCGUGCGGAUGUUUCACGCUGAUGUGUGCGAUGAGGCGUUUCUGGGUGAACUGAUACGGGACUUCAACAUUAGUUGUGUCAUUCAUCUUGCCGCUCAGGCUGGCGUGCGCUACUCUGUUAAGGAGCCGCAUUUGUAUUCAGCCAAUAAUAUCGAUUGCUUUGUUAAUCUCCUGGAGAUUGUGUCUCAAUUUCGAGGUGUCUAUUUAAUUUAUGCUUCCACAUCCAGUGUUUAUGGACCUCUCUCGAAAGUGCCUUUUUCGAUUGCUCAACUUCUUAAACGACCUGGGAAUGUGUAUUCGAUGACAAAGCAGGCGAAUGAGAGACUGGCUGCUGUUUAUUGUAAUGUGACAGGAAUGAGACAUGUCGGUCUUCGGUUUUUUACUGUUUAUGGAGCAUGGGGACGGCCGGACAUGGCUGCAUACAAGUUUGCAGACAAGAUACUGAAUGGAGAAAGGGUUCCAGUGUUUCACACAAAUGGGUCGGAGACGGUUGAGCGUGACUUCACAUAUGUGACUGAUGUGGUGGACGGAAUCACAGCAGCAAUGAGUUACAGACCACGGCGAUGCGGCGAAGUUUUCAAUCUCGGUCGUGGCCAGCCUGAGCCUCUUACUUCUCUUGUUCCAUUACUUGAAAGAAUUCUUGGCAUAAAGGCUGUUGUUAAUGAGUUACCUCUUCCACCGACAGAAUUGCUACAAACGUAUGCCGACAUUAGUCACUCUAAACAGGUGCUUGGCUACGACCCAAAAAUCAGUCUUGAACAAGGCAUUAAGCUUUUUGUUGACUGGCUGUUGGAGUAUCGUAAGUCUAGACAAAUGGAGAUGCAAACUUCCAUUCCAUCUAGAUCUCAUAAAUACUGGACUGGACUUGUUGAAGAACAAAUGCUGCGUAAGUUACGUCAAAAGGAAGAAGCCGUGGCAAAGAGAGUCAGGAAGCUGAAACUGCAUGUCAGUGACAUCCGUCAAAGGUUUAUUCAACAUGCUAAUAAGAAUAAGAUUUCAUUGCCCAUAAUUGUAAAGUCAGAUUUCAUCUUCUAUGAAGGUAUGACCUCACCAGGCUAUGAUUUAGUGAAAUAUCCUGAAAUGAAUAGUAAUACUGAGAUGUUGAUGAAAUUAUGUCAAGAGUUGGAUAGAUGUGUUGCAUUUACUACCGAUGGCACACUAAAGACAAGAGUCGUGUCCAUAGAAGCAAUGAUUGGUUCAUCAAGGAGUGAUGACUCUGGGCUUGGGCUUUAUAUUGCUGAUAUUGAUGUGUGUGCGGCUGACCUACAUUCUUGUUCUAAAACUGCUCGCUGUGUCUCAGAAGAUCCUGGGAAGUAUGCUUGCAUUUGCCCUGCUGAUCAUUGGGGUGACGAUUGUGUUUCUCGGCUUACUAGCGACAUUCAAUAUCAAAAGAACAUAUCGGAAGUCAGUGAGAAUGUUGAGGAAUGGGAACGAUUGAAGAGAAAUGCAGAAUUUGUAUUUUUUGAGGGCGUGGAUUCUCCAGGUGGUGAUUAUCUGUUCGCUGAUCAAUACAAGGGUGACAAUGAGGCUUUGAAACAGAAAUGCAUGGAAAAUAGAUACUGCUUAGGCUUUACUACUAAUGGCAUGUUGAAGUCAUCAGUGCAAUGGGGAACUGAGUGGACUGCUACACCUACAUCAGAGGGUGAAGGUCUUUUCAUUCUUGAUAUUGACUAUUGCUCAUGGAACGGUAAUGAUUGCCCACAGCUAGCACAUUGUGAACGUUUGGGAGCAGGUAAUUAUAGCUGUGUGUGCGAACCGGGUCUUGUUAUGUCUACCGUGCAAAACAGUGGUCGAAAGUCUUGUCUUCCACUCGAAACAGCAACUAUGAGUAGCUACUUUAGCCAUAGAGAAUGCUGCGAUCAAGAAGGUGGAGAACAGUGUGACAUUCCAGAUGAGUGAAAUUACUAACAAUGUAGCAAACUACUGAAAUUGAAAGAUAUGAUUUGUUAAAAUAUUGGAACUCUGAAGAUUGUAUUUAGAUUUAUACAGAAGCAAUAAAGAAGACUUGAGUUUACUAAUUAAUA